GCGCAUGGUGUCCAGGCCGCCCACCAGCCCAUAUGUGCUGAAGCUCCUGGAGUGGUUCGACACGCCCGAGCACUGUGUCCUGAUUCUGGAGCGCCCCGUCCCCUGUGUAGACCUCUACCAGCUGUUGCUCGAGAAGGGCAGGCUGAGGAUGCGGUUCGCCCGGCACGUCAUGCGGCGGGUGGUCCUGGCGGUGCUCCACUGCCGCCACCACGGGGUCCUGCACAGGGACAUCAAGCUCCAGAACAUCCUUGUGAACACAGAGACACUGGAGGUGAAGCUGAUCGACUUCGGAUGCGGCGACCUGUUGAAGGAUACUCCAUACUACACAUAUUCAGGCACGUGGGUAUACUCGCCACCAGAGUGGAUAACCAAGCAGAAGUACUAUGGCUGCCCUGCGAUCGUCUGGAGUCUGGGCGUACUGCUGUUUUUCUUGGUUUGUGGACGCCUGCCAUUUAAGUCUAAGAAGGAGAUCACUAAAGGGCGUCUAGUGUUCAAACCUGGUGUGUCUGAUGCCUGCUGCCAUCUGAUCGAACAAUGCCUCAAGAAGAAUCCCAGCAAGCGUCUCACACUCGGGCAGAUCCUCCUGCACAGGUGGUUUGAUGAGUAACCCGAAGACUAGGUCCAGACGGUGUAGAUCUUUACACUCGUACUGACGGCUGCAAAAUAGAGGGAUCUGCACGUCUUCCACCGAAGGUACGACCGGCUGAUACAGAUGAUGGAGAAUCGGACUAAUUGGAUGUGGGCCGAAGUGGAGCUGGCGCAGAUCAGGAUCCAGCACGUCAACUUUAUGGACAUCGUCUUUGAGCUGGUGCUGCUGGGAAUUCUGAGAUGCUGAGCUUCCUGGAUGAAAUCUUCACUCUGGUGAAUUUUCUCUACCUGUGGAGGUAUGCCAGGACCCACGACAUGGGGCACAUAUGAAGAUACCACUGAUGUGGGAGCAUGUAUUGGGAAUUCUAAGAGACGUGCUGCAAUUAAGACAACAUCUUUACAUCAAGACAAUGCUGGACGACUUUGUGGACCAGAUCCAGAUGUGUAAAAAGCUGAUGUUCUGUAAAAAUGUAAUAAAAAGAAA